AUGAAACCCGCGCCUCCUCGCGGGUUUACUUGCUUGCCCGUUCGCAGGGCCUCUACUCUUCCCACCAGUGCCGCCUCAUUCUCGUCCACAAAUGCUCUUCUCCCGACGACGCUGGCGGCUCGCGCCUAUCACGGCCACAAGGCCACUUUCCCCAGAGGCAGCUUUGCCCUCAUGACCCAGCACCGUCGGUGUAUUCACUCCUCGGACCGCAAGUCGUCCACCGUCGCCGAGCUGCCAGGUGCUGUCCCUCCGCCGGCCAACCUGGAACCAAGCCGCGCACCCCUCUCGGUCUUGCCACUAAGCAUGAUCCUCCGCUCCUUGGCCACGACUGUCGUGUCCUCUUCUCCUCUGCUUCUGCCACCGUCGCUGCAGAUCAUGACCUUGCUGGCUCACAGCACCAACGCCGUUUUUAACCCUGACAGAAAUCCUGUUCUUCGAUACUUCCUCAAGAAGUCCUUCUAUGCCCAGUUUUGCGCUGGCGAGAAUCCCGCUGAAGUCCAGGCCACCAUCAGCAGGUUGAAGAACAUUGGCUUCACCGGCGUGAUUCUGGGAUAUGCUCGCGAGGUCGUCUUGACGGAGAAGCAGGCUGAGGAGGUCGAGUCGGCUGCAGGACAAGAGACCCAAAAGGUCAUUGACAACGAGAUUGUGCCCUGGGCUGAGGGCACUCUUGAAACAGUCCGUUUGGCACAGCCCGGGGACUUCGUCGCACUCAAAUUUACCGGCGCUGGUAGUCUGGCUGUCCAUGAGCUGAAACACAAACUUCCCGCCAGCCCUUACCUGUACAAGUCUAUCAAUUCCAUCUGCCAGCUCGCCCACGAGCGUGGCGUUCGUCUCUUGUUUGAUGCUGAGCAGGAUGCCCUCCAAGACGGUAUUGACGACUGGACCAUGGAGUUUGCCAACAAGUACAACACCGAGCCUGAUUCCUGCACCAUCUACGGAACCUACCAAGCGUACAAGAAGAAGACUCCGGCCGUUUUGGAACGCCACCUUGCCACGGCUCAGGAGGGCCGAUUCUCGCUUGGCGUCAAGCUUGUUCGUGGCGCCUAUCUCGGAUCAGACCCUCGUGAAUGCUUCUUCGAUACCAAGGCCGAUACCGACGCGUGCUACGACGGCGUCGCUGCCAGUAUUCUGACCCGUCAAUGGAACGCGACUCUUGCGGGCAACGGCGAAUAUCCCGCAGCCCAUCUUGUCCUUGCCACUCACAAUGCCGAGUCCGUUCAAAAGGCUCGUGCCAUUUGCGACGCUGGUGGUGCCAAAUCCGAAAUUGCCUUUGCUCAACUCCAGGGCAUGGCCGACGAAAUUAGCUGCGAGCUGGUUGAGGCCAGUCAAUCGGCACGCGCUGGCGACGUCUCGGCCACCCCCAACUUGCCCGCCUAUAAGUACCUUGUUUGGGGCACCACAGGCGAGUGCAUGAAAUAUUUGCUUCGGCGUGCUCAAGAGAACAAGGACGCUGUCCAGCGAACCAAGAGUGGGCGUGAUGCCAUGUGGGCCGAAGUUCUCCGCCGCGUUAAGAAUACUUUUCGUCUUGCGUAG